AUGAGGAAACUAUCACACGUUAUGCACGGGCAUAUAUUUUACAGUUGAUGGGUGGGAGUAUUUUUGCCGAUAAAUCAACUCGUUAUGUGCACCUAAUGUUUCUACCAUUCUUAGCUAAUCUGCACCACACGGGGCGAUAUUCUUGGGGUGGAGCCUGUUUGGCAUGGUUGUAUAGACAAUUAUGCAAGGCAUCCAAACAAGGUGUUCGUGAAAUAGCUGGGCCACUAAUAUUGUUACAAAUAUGGGCUUGGGAACGAUUCCCAAUAGUGGCUCCGCAACUCCUACAUGUCAAUGCUAAUCAAUUACACGGUCGAGCUUAUGGUUCAAGAUGGAGAGAUCAAUUUUGUGUGACAAGAUCGGCUACACAUGUAGUCUCUCAGUAUAGGUACAUGUUUGAUCUUCUUCAACCUAGUCAGAUUGUCUGGGAGCCAUACAAAACUGUCAUAGAUAGUUUGCCACAUUUUUGUACAAACGGUCACAACAUAUGGCGGACGAUUAGUCCUCUCAUAUGUUUCUACAUUGGUGAGUGGCAUCAUCCUGAUAGAGUACUUAGACAGUUCGGUAUUCAACAAGCUGUUCCACGUGACUGUAAUACUGAACCACUGUUGCACAACAUUGACCUGAGGACUGCUGAUUGGUCAGAUAGAGUUGCUCAUUUAGUGAUGCGAUGGCAUAAUCGCAGAAGGUUUACUGCUACGGGACCUCCAAUUGAGCAGUUUGAUAUGGAUGUAACUCAAGAAUACAUCAAUUGGUACAAAAACAUUAGCAAGCUCUAUAUCACCCAACCGGGAGCUGCUAUGAGUCAUCUGAGAUCAAACAAUAUUAGACUUCGGAAUGUUGCAGAUGAUCCACAACAGGUUCUAAAUAUAUGCAACGAUAACGAGCAGUAUAUGGAGAACAUCCACUAUAUGUACGAUGUCCUUAUUGUACCUGCUCCUGUUCAGAGGAGACGUCCUCUAGUGCAAGAGCCCGAUCAAUUGGAAGAAGUUGACCAACACGGGGAAGAAGUGCCUCCAAUGACACAAACACAAAGCGAGCAUAAUUACGUUAGUCCAGUAAUGAUGAUGCCAACAUUUGGAACGACAUAUUAUGAUUCAGAAGUCGGUCAAUCGUCAGACUUUGGAAGAGGAUAUUACAAUUCAGAGGCAGGUCAAUCAUCAACGGACUUUGGGCAACAAUACUAUGAUUUAGGGAGCGAUCCAUCGUCUUCAUACAUGCAUGGUCACGGGCGUGGUCGUGGAGAACAUAAUGAAUAUUUGUACUACGAAGUGCCUGCAGCGGUACCCGAGCAAUCAAAUGAGCUACAGCAACAAGAGAAUGCAGCAGUACCCGGACAAUCAGAUGAGCAACAACAACAAGAGAAUCAGGAGGAAAUACAACAACAGAGAGUUCAAAGUCGACGACGACAACCGGCUAGAAAUCGUCGACGUCCAGGUUGUGGAACACAUUGAUUUUUUUUCCUUUGAAUGAAAAUUGUUAAAUUAUUGUAUUAAACAUUUUGAUUCAUAUUUAAUUAUUUUACAAUCAAAAGUACUUACUACAAA